CGGCGGGCCGGGCCGCGGGGCCAGGGGCCAGCCAGGACAUGGGUGCUGCGGCCGGCUUGGCUCAGCGGCUGCGGGCGGCGGUCCAGGAGGAGGAGCCCGGGGCAGUGGAGGAGCUGCUGCGCCGCGGGGCCGACCCUAACCUGGUGCUUUCCGAUGGCGCGGCCGCCAUGCACUUGGCAGCUGGAACCCGACACCCGAGAGGCCUGCGCUGCCUCGGGGCCCUGCUACGCGGAGGAGGAGACCCAAACGCUCGAUCGGCCGAAGCGUUGACGCCACUGCACGUGGCCGCCGCCUGGGGCUGUCGCCGCGGCCUGGAGCUAUUGCUGAACCAAGGAGCAGAUCCUGCGCUGCGCGACCAGGACGGGCUCCGGCCACUGGAUCUAGCGGUGCAGCAGGGGCACCCCGACUGCGCACGCCUCCUGCGCGAGCUGGGCUCGCGGACCACAGACCCGGCAGAGGCCCAGGAGCCAGAGUCAGCGCGGGAGCCUGGCAGUGUCUCUGGACCGACAGGUGUGACCCUGGACUCCAUGGCACUGCAAGCCCAGCCGAGCAGAGCCUGCAGCGGCGUGGGCCUGGAGGCUGGCCCCCACCUCCCCGACUCCCUUGAGUCUGCAGAUAAGGAUGGGAACUCAGACGCCCCCUUGGGUUGCUGGCACUGCGACUCUGAGUCCUCUUUUGUCACCGCAGUUGAGGUUUCUGGAGAUGAAGACCCAGCCCUGGACACUUCUCCCUGGGCCAGGUCAUGGCCCCAGACCACUCAGGGGCUGCCUGGUCUCCACCCUAUUCAGGGGACACCAAGACCUGGGAGUGGCCCACAGCUGGUGCGUGGAGGCAGCCUGGCGGGCAGGGAGGCGGAACUGAGCGCCUGUCUGCAGGCUCUGACCCUGACCUGUCCAGCCACCGCUGGCGGCCCGCCUACCCCCUCCUUCACGUCCCUCCCGGAUGGGAGCCCAGCCCGCGGCCCUCCACAGGAGCAGCCCAACCUGAUGGCAGGUCAGACCUUCCUUGAUGGGGACGUGGCUGCCCUCUGGCUGACGGAAGAUGAGCUGAGCUCCGCGGAGGGCAGGGAACCUGUCCCCUCUUGCCAGCUCCUGCGGGUCCCUGCCCAGUCCCCCCUGACGCCGCUGCAGGUUCAUCGAGUGCUUGAUGAUGAACCCCCAGUCACGCCCUCCACCCGGCAGCACCUCCUCCGGCAGCUAGAAGCAGCCCAGGCCGCUCCUGGCCCAGAGUUUUCAGGGCACAGCCCAGAACUGGCCAAGGCCCUGCGGACAGGCCAUAUUCCAGAUUCCCAGGCCGAUGAAGAUGCACUUGCCCAGCAGUUUGAGCGACCAGAUCCCACACAAAGGUGGCGGGAGGGGAUUGUAAAGUCCAGCUUCACAUAUCUGCUGCUAGACCCCAGGGAGACUCAGGAUCUGCCAGCCCGAGCCUUCUCUCUGACCCCAGCUGAGUGCCUUCAGACUUUCGUUCGUGCCAUCUUCUAUGUGGGCAAGGGGACACGUGCCCGACCAGAUGUCCACCUUUGGGAGGCCCUUGGCUACCGUGGACGGCCAAGAAGACAGGCCUGCCCCAAGGUGCGCCAGAUCUUGGACAUCUGGGACAGUGGCCGCGGUGUGGUCUCCCUGCAUUGCUUCCAGCACGUGGUGGCCGUGGAGGCCUACACACGGGAGGCGUGUCUCGUGGAUGCUCUAGGAAUCCAGACACUGACCAACCAGAAACAAGGGCACUACUAUGGAGUGGUGGCAGACUGGCCACCUGCUCGGCGCCGGCGCCUGGGGGUGCAUCUGCUACACCGUGCCCUCCUUGUCUUUUUAGCUGAGGGCCAGCGAGAGCUGAGGCCUCAGGAUAUCCAGGCCCGUGGCUGAGGCUGGGGACUGGCUGUCCAGUUUGGGUGGACAUCCGGGUAUUUGAGUAUACCAGCUGCCCAGUGCUGAGCGCAUCCGCCACCUCUGGCUUCAGAUGGCAGGAUGUGUAAGAGUGUGCGUGCGUGCGUGCGUGUGUGUGUGUGUGUGUGUGUGUGUGUGUAGGGAGCCCCAGGGUUGGUCCCUCCAUCAGGCUGAGGGCGAACUCCGGGAGGAGGCUCUGCUGGAGAGGUAGUGUGCGCCGUCACGGAACGAAGGCGGGUGAGGGCUCGCGGUGCUCUGGAACGCUCUGCUGCUUUGGCAGUUUGGUCCUUUCCGUGCACAGGGUCCACCUUUAUCUCCAGACAGGGGACCCAUAUAAUGGGAUGGCUAAUGACUUUCUCAGCGACACUUGGGCGUCUGUGCGGCUCCAGAGCUGGGUUUGCUACUUCCAGGCUGUGGGACUCUGGCCAGUAGUUUUUCUGUCUGAGCCUCAUUUUCUCAAUCACAGCGAGGGCAGUUGAGGUGCCACCUCGGGAUCACUGUAGGGACUCCACGGGGUCAUGCAAAUAGUGUGUGACUCAGCCUGGCACUGAGUGCAGGUGGAACAUCUCCAACAGGGAAGUCAGGGGGGCUCUGGUGGUGAUGUGUGGUCAGGGCCCAGGAGGUCUUCCAGGUAUAGCGUGAGAAGAUCAUCCUCAGGAUUGCUGUGCAACCCUAGCCUCCUCGCCUUGCCUCUCUGAACCCAUUUCUUCCACUAUACAAUGGGAUUAAUAACCCCGAUUUCCCGGGGAUGGAAUGGGACUUCAGAUCAUUUACAUGUGCAGGGAGCUUCAGUAAAUGUCAAACUGCCAUUCUGGUGACUUG